AACUCGAACCUCGCCUCGCUGCCAUCUUAUAGAAUCAAGCGCCAUCUAAACGAGCGACCAAGUACCAGUUCCAGUAUAGUUUGUAUCAGUUCAGCGUCGGUUUACCGGUUCACCUUUGCGUAAUUGCGUUGCCUGUGCGAAACAGUGUACAAAGCGAGGAGUAAUAAAUUUGAUAACGUGCUGAAUGGUAGCACGUUUUAAUCGUGAAAUCGGUAUCAAAAUCAUUCUUGCGGAGGACAGUUCCAGCGGGAGAUAAUGAAGCCGGAUGUUAAAGCGGUCAGUUCUCUUACCGACCGAAUCUUGGUGCAUUCGCGGACGAGGUGAAUGGGAGAAUGGGAAAAGUGGCACAACGCUGAACGCACAACGGCCACGACCCACCAACACCAACCACACCACCCGGUGAGACGAGGAGAAUUCAGUAACAGUUUCAACUUUCAACCGUUCCAACGUCGCGUCUCGCCCCGGAACAAAAUCUGAUGCUCUCUGAAGGGGCAAUGAAACGAUGAAUACUAUCAGGUGUUUUGUGUUCGCGUUCGCAUUAACAAGUAAUACGUUCAGCUUCGCAUACGAUGAAUGUAACGAGCCGCUCCUGGACAGAGCUCACUUAACGGCCACCUCGUCGCUCUCCAACAGGGGUCCAAAGAACGCCAAGCUCAAUGGAGAUUCCACGUGGUCGCCAGAGCUUAGCAGUUACGAUCAACACCUUACCGUGGAACUGGGGGAAAGACGCGAGAUACGAAGCAUUGCAACACGAGGCCGCGCUCAUACUAACGAGUACGUGACAGAGUACAUUGUCCAAUACUCUGACGAUGGCCAAGCCUGGGCCAGUUAUGAAAGCCAGGAUGGCGUGGAUGAGAUGUUUAAGGGUAACAUAGAUGGUGAUACCAUAAAACUUAACAAAUUCGAAGUACCAAUUAUCGCGCAAUGGGUUCGAAUAAAUCCAACCCGGUGGCGAGACCGAAUAUCGUUAAGAAUAGAAUUGUACGGAUGUAGUUACGUUUCCGACGUCCUCUCUUUCAACGGUUCCUCGCUCUUGCGAUACGAUUUGUUGAGAGAGCCGAUAGAGACCGACAGGCAUUUUAUACGCUUCCGCUUCAAGACGAAUAACGCCGACGGUAUUAUAAUGUAUUCCCGCGGAACUCAAGGGGAUUACAUAGCGUUACAGUUGAAGGACAAUAGGAUGGUAUUAAAUAUAGAUCUCGGAUCCGGUAUCAUGACGAGCCUGUCGGUCGGUAGCCUUUUGGACGACAAUAUGUGGCACGAUGUGCUUAUAUCGCGAAACAGAAAGAACAUCUCGUUCUCCGUGGACAGGGUGUUGAUCAAGGGAAGGAUAAAGGGAGAGUUCUUCAGACUGGAUUUAAACAGAGCGCUGUACAUAGGAGGUGUGCCCAACAAGCAAGAGGGCUUAGUGGUCAAUCAGAAUUUUACGGGAUGCAUCGAGAACUUUUAUCUGAAUGCAACCGGUAUCAUACACGAUUUGAAGGAGACCGAAAUCACUGGGGAUAACUUGAGAUACUACAAAGUGAACACGCUGUACAGUUGUCCAGAACCGCCUAUAAUCCCCGUUACAUUUUUGACCCACGGUUCCUAUGCCAGGCUGAAGGGUUACGAGGGAAUACCUUCCAUGAACGUUUCCCUCACUUUUCGAACGUACGAGGAAAAGGGAAUCAUAUUGUACCAUCAGUUCACUUCCCCGGGUCACGUGAAGCUAUUUUUGGAGGAUGGAAAAUUGAAGGUCGAUAUUCAAACGAAAGCCAACCCUCAAGUGACCCUGGACAAUUUCGACGAGAAGUUCAACGACGGCAAAUGGCACCGAGUCAUUUUAACGAUCUCUAAGAACAGCCUGGUACUGAAUGUCGACGGGACUCCGAUGAGGACCAAGCGCAUGUUAGAUAUGAUAACCGGACCUGUUUACAUGGUCGGUGGAAUGACGGGAGUGGAGAGCAACCGCGGUUUCGUCGGUUGCAUGCGUAUGAUCAGCAUAGAUGGUAAUUACAAACUGCCCACCGACUGGAAGGAAGAGGAUUACUGUUGCAAGAACGAGAUCGUGUUCGACGCGUGUCAGAUGAUGGACCGUUGCAACCCGAACCCGUGCAAACACAACGGUUUGUGCCGUCAAAAUUCUGAGGAAUUCUUCUGCGAUUGUGCCAAUAUGGGAUACACGGGAGCAGUGUGCCACACCUCCCUGAAUCCCCUCUCUUGCGAGGCGUAUAAAAAUAUAAAUUCGGUGAAUCAGCGAGCGGACAUCAAGAUAGAUGUCGACGGGAGCGGGCCCCUGAAACCGUUCCCGGUGGUAUGCGAAUUCUACACGGACGGACGUGUUAGAACGAUCUUGCGACACAACAACGACCGCAUGACACCCGUCGACGGCUUCCAAGAACCGGGUAGCUUCAUACAAGACAUCAUCUACGACGCGGACAUGGAUCAAAUCGAGGCUCUCCUCAAUCGAUCCACGAGUUGCAGGCAGAGGAUCAGUUACGAAUGCGUGCACUCGAAAUUGUUCAAUUCCCCAGUGCCACAAGCGGAGUACUUCCGCCCGAACUCGUGGUGGGUCAGCAGAAGCAAUCAGAAAAUGGAUUAUUGGGGCGGUGCGUUGCCUGGUUCGCGUAAAUGCGAAUGCGGUAUAUUGGGAAAUUGCGCGGAUCCGACCAAAUGGUGCAACUGCGAUUCCGAUUUGGACGGUCCCCUCGAAGAUAGCGGCGACAUCACCGAAAAGGAAUAUCUCCCGGUGAAACAAUUACGGUUCGGCGACACUGGCACACCCGUCGACGACAAGAUGGGCCACUAUACCCUCGGACCUCUCAUCUGCGAAGGGGACGGUUCUGAUUUACCUUGGUUGACCACCAAGGUAAGAUCAGAUUUGUUCAAGAACGUAGUGACGUUCCGCAUCGUUGAUGCCACCAUCAACCUACCAACCUUUGAUAUCGGUCACAGCGGCGAUAUCUAUUUUGAAUUCAAAACGACCGUCGAGAACGCUGUAAUAAUUCACAGCAAAGGGCCGACGGAUUACAUAAAGAUCUCGAUAAACAGCGGGAAUCAGAUUCAGUUUCAGUACUUGGCAGGCAGCGGUCCGCUGACCGUCAGCGUGCAAACCUCCUACAGAUUGGCCGACGACCGAUGGCAUUCGUUGUCCGUCGAGAGAAAUCGAAAAGAAGCUCGAAUCGUGGUCGAUGGAGCGUUGAAGAACGAAGUAAGAGAACCACCGGGACCGGUACGAGCGCUUCACUUGACGUCGGAGCUCGUGGUCGGUGCCACGACCGACUACAGAGACGGUUACGUGGGAUGUAUCAGGGCACUUCUCUUGAACGGCCAACUGCAAGACUUGAGGGGUUACGCUCGCCGGGGCCUCUACGGUAUCUCCGAGGGCUGCGUGGGUAAAUGCGAGAGCAAUCCGUGUCUCAACAACGGCACGUGUCACGAAAGAUACGAUGGGUAUUCUUGCGACUGUCGCUGGACCGCGUUCAAGGGUCCCAUUUGCGCGGACGAGAUCGGUGUAAAUAUGCGUCCAAGUUCCAUGGUGAAGUACGACUUCAUGGGCAGCUGGCGUUCGACGAUCUCGGAGAAGAUCCGAGUCGGUUUUACAACGACGAAUCCUAAAGGGUUUUUGCUCGGUCUAUUUUCAAACAUAUCCGGGGAGUACAUGACCAUCAUGGUGUCGAACAGCGGUUACUUGCGCGUCGUUUUCGAUUUCGGUUUCGAACGGCAGGAAGUAAUAUUCCCGAACAAACAUUUCGGUUUGGGACAGUAUCACGACGUCAGGGUGGGCAGAAAGAAUUCAGGAGCUACCCUCGUGUUACAAGUCGACAAUUACGAACCGAAAGAAUUCCAUUUCAACAUAAAAACGUCUGCCGAUGCGCAGUUCAACAAUAUUCAAUACAUGUACAUCGGGAAGAACGAAUCCAUGACGGAAGGGUUUGCCGGUUGUGUAUCCAGAGUAGAGUUCGACGAUAUCUACCCUUUGAAAUUACUGUUUCAAGAGGACGGUCCGGGAAACGUACGUACCGUCGGCACUCCCCUCACGGAAGACUUUUGCGGGGUGGAACCGAUCACGCAUCCUCCCAAUAUAAUAGAGACUCGUCCACCUCCGCAAGUGGACGAGGACAAACUUCGCGCUGCUUACAACGAAACCGACACCGCGAUUCUGGGAAGCGUGUUGGCUGUAAUCAUCAUAGCUCUAGUGAUAAUGGCGGUACUCAUCGGGAGAUACAUGUCGAGACACAAAGGCGAAUACUUGACGCAGGAGGACAAGGGUGCUGAGAUAGCGUUGGACCCGGACUCGGCGGUGGUCAACUCCGCCACUGGCCAUCAAGUACAAAAGAAGAAAGAAUGGUUUAUUUAAGUACGAAAAGCUAGUAGUAAUAUUACGCUGUAACGAAUUUAAGGUACGUACAGGUGGAACGUACUACGUAUAUCCUUGUAAGUGCACUUUGAAGUGUCGUAAACGAAAGAUUUAACCUAGGACGAAACUCCAUGCUAUUGCUUCGGUUACCGUGAUGAUCGUAUAAAACGAUCAGGCGGGGAAUGACUCGACUAAUUAACGCGAACCGAACCUACGGGAUCUCUUUAAUAACUAAAACGGUACGAAGAUCAUUGAAAUGUUUGAUUAAGCGAUUAGACACCGAAUAACGAUAGACACUUUACGUUCCGUUUAUUUUCGUCAUGGUACAGUACGUUAUUAUCGGAAAGAAUGAGACGAAGGAGUGUAAUGUAAGUCGACGAGAAUUAAUAUCUGUAGAGAUUAUUCGUUUAACUGGUUCAUUCUUCUUAUUAUUAGGUUUACUUUGAAAUUCCUUUCGAAUACAUAUUGUCAGCGUGUAUCGUCGUAUCGCUAGUGAUAAGAAGUAGUAACGAGAGCUCGAAUUUAAUCUAACUGCAGACUGUUAUUAAUUUAGAUUAUCAUAAGUGCAUAAGUAUUUAUUAUGUACUUUAUGUAAUUUAAAUCGAGCACCGCGGCAGGAUGGCACUAUGCUAGAUAUUGCUAGAUAUUCACUUUACGUUUAGUGUCUUAGAGAUGAGAACAGUCGAAUCGUCACUUUUCCUUUAUUUCGUUGUAUCAGUACAUCUUUAUUGUUAAAUAUUUUUUUUUUUUAACAAUCAAUUGGCAACGGUACUUUUCUACUCACUCAAGAAAAAUUCUUCGCACGUACAAAAGACUCGAAAGUAUUCUGUUCGUGUUAUAAAUACUUUGUACUUUCUUUUCCGCGGAAAGAGCGUGUUCUCAGUAUUAUUCGUAAUGCUUACCGUCCAAAGCGCAUUUUAAUUUUUUUCUAUUUAUUUUGUUUACAUUUGUUUAAUAUGUAUUACAGAUGUUUUAUUUCUUUUCGCGAACUAUAAUCCGAAUUCUCUGCUGUACUUUAACUUUAAUCAGUAGUACCAAUUUUAAUAUUCGUAUACUAUACGCGUAUCGAUAAGAGUGUACUGUACAUAUAAUCAUUUUUAUACAAAGAAAAAUGUUCUACUAUAAUAAUAUUGCCAGUGUAUAUUUUAUAUAUUGUGUUCGGCGGAACGCAUGUGCUGCCCAAUAAAAAUAAGAAGAUCGUGAUUAACAAUGAGCCGUCGUAACGCAGCAAACCGAUCGAACGACAAAGACUUUGCAUUCUCGACACGAUUAGAAAUUAAAAGUAAAAAGGAUCAGGGGUUCGUAGAAAAUUUCAAUUUUAUUUUCGCAUAAUAUAUGUGAGGUAUUCCAACUUCGUUCGAAUGAGGAACAUCGAUUGUACGCAACGAUAAAAACAGUUUAUAAUUCGUAUUGUAAAAAUGUAAAAGUCUGAGAGAAACAUAAGAGAAGAAAGUAGGGAAUAAUAGAGUUACCGUCUCAACGAACGAAUUUUAUACGCGAACAAACAAUUAAGUCUGUAAUGAGUAAAGGUCGAAGUUGCACUGAUGGUUUUUAAGUACGUUUUCUCGGUACGAAACGUACCAUCUCUUUUUCUACGACGCGCGUGUCAAACAAAUUGUCUGACAAGUGGUACGGGACAUGACGUACAACACGUACAUUUGGGCGUGUAUGUCGAAACUUUUUCUAAAAUAAAAAACCUCUCGCCAUCCUA